GCCUGAUUGCCCUUUACCCCUCAAUCAGGCCACUUAUAUUUCGCGUGCACUUUCGGAUUAUGGCGCCGCCUUCGUUUUCUCCCGACACGUCCAUCUCGUCGCACACACUCUCAGUAGGCUCCGUCCAGCCGUCGCCAAUGGAGCUCCAACCCUCGACCAACUCGCCUCUUAGCUUGCUUACCAGCCCCCUCGCCUUUCUGCAGCCCACAGCGCAACUGAAUGCCUCUUUUCUGGCUGCUGCGAAACAAUUCCUCGAUCCGGUUGCCGCUGGUAUCAGCGAGUCGCAAACACAACGGCAACAAGACCUGCGCAAGAAGAGGAAGCGGGGAGCAGGCUACGAUGGCGACAUCAGAGUACUACACCUGAAGAAGGUGCAUCUGGAUGGCUUUGGUGUAAAUCAAGUCUUCGAGCAAACGCGAAAGAUUGUCGAGGCUGCCAAGGACGAGAUCGAGCUGUCGCUGCAAGGAGCAGAAGAUGACGGUCUCGUGGCAGUGGAUGACGACGUAGAUAGCGAGGAAGAAUUGGAGGCAGCCGAAGAUGAACAGAGCGAAUCGAGUAUGGGUGAGGAGGGAGUUGAUUGGGAAUACGAUGGAGUCGAUGAUGACGAAGACGCCCAAGUCUCGGAAGGUGCACAAUCUGGUGAUGAAGAUAUUGAGAUGGAAGACGGAGAAGACGAGAUUUUCUCCGAGGAAGAAUCUGACGACGAGCCCGCCGAGGAGUACAAGCCCGACCCUAACGGUCUCAACGACGGCUUCUUUUCCAUCGAUGACUUCAACAAACAGUCCGACUUUCUCGAGCAGCAAGAUCAGCGGGGCGAAGCAGCAGAGAGCGAUGACGACGAAGUCGAUUGGGCGGCAGAUCCCAUGACAGACGGGCAGAGCAAGAGCAGGACCAAGGGUGGAGACGAAGAUGCCUCGGAUGACGAAUCUGACGAGGGCGGCCCCACAUUCGGCAAUGCUGAUCUCAAUGCGCCAGAGGGUGAUAGCGACGAUGACGAAGAAUUCGAAGAUGGCGAUCUCGACGGUCUGGACAACGGCAUGAAUGCCAAUAAUGUCAUGUAUGCGGACUUCUAUGCGCCACCAGCAAAGAAAGCUGGCAAGAACACAAAGAAACGGGGCCGACCAAACCCACACAACUUUCCAGAAAAGAAAGGCGGCGCCGAAGCAGGAGCUGGGGAUGAAGAUGUGGAGGGCACUAUGGCAAGAGUACACCGCGACUUGUUUGAAGACGACGAUGAUGCAGAAAGCGACGGGGACCUGACAGACGUAGACCCUUCAGACCCAAAGUCACGACGAUCAACACAUGAGCGCAGGCAAGCAAAGAUUGCGGAAGAGAUCCGGAAACUAGAGGCGGCCAACGUUGCAAAGCGCGAAUGGCAACUUGCCGGUGAGGCACGUGCAGCCGAUCGACCGCUGAACUCGCUUCUUGAAGAGAAUCUCGAAUUCGAACGGGCGGGCAAGCCAGUACCUAUCAUCACAGCUGAAGUGUCCGAAGACAUCGAAGCACUGAUCAAGCGGCGCAUCCUAGCCGGCGAGUUCGACGAAGUCCCACGCCGUCGACCAGACGACCUCGCAACAGGACCCAAAGUCCGACGAGGUCGUUUCGAACUCGAAGAUACCAAGUCCGGAAAGGGCCUUGCUGAGAUCUACGAAGAAGAGCACAUGCGCGAGAUAGACCCCAAUUUCGUCGAUGCCCGUGACGAGAAGCUGAAGAAGGAACACGAUGGCAUCUCCGCGUUGUGGAAAGGUUUAUCCGCCAAGCUCGACUCCCUUAGCUCCUCACACUUCAAGCCCAAGCCCGCAGCGCCGAACCUCGAAAUCCGCGUUGAUGCCCCUGCCAUCGAGAUGGAAGAUGCACGUCCCACCGCCGGCGGCGACGUCGCAGGCGCAAGCAUGCUCGCACCUCAGGAAAUGUACAAGCCUGGCGACGAGAAGACAAAGUCGGAGGUCAUCACCAAGGGUGGCAUGCCGUUUGCUCGUGAGGAAAUGUCGCGAGAGGAGAAGACAAGUAGGCGUAGACGGGACAAGGAGAGGAGCAAGAAGGCUGGGCUUAACGCGCCAAAGGACGUCAAGGAAGAGAAGAAGGGCAAGAAGAAGCAGGACAAGAAGCAGCUCAUUGGGGAUUUGAAGAAGGGUGGUGUGCAGGUCAUUGGGCGGAAGGGAGUGCUUACUGACGUCGAGGGUAAAGAAGUUAGAGAUGUAGCGAGGAAGGGUGCUGGGAGUUACAAACUUUGAGGGGCUUGUGGCCCUUUCGUCUUCUAUUCUUUUCAAUCAAUUUAUCAUUGUUCAGCAUUUGCCGUUGGAAUUAAAUGCUUCGAGCCUCCUUCUCUAGCUUUGUAACGAACGGCAUCGAGUCUCUACGCGCUAGCAUCCUCUGGUCCCACGCGUUGGCACUCGCAAAAAUAGUUUUUUUUACAGUUGAGAAAAUCAAUCCUACCGUCUUCGUUAGAUCUUGACACACACCUAACGACUGUCAGAAUGAGGGAUGUGG